UGUGUUGGUUUAAUAACUUUUCUUUGUUCAGGAUAUAUAUUACUGUGUUGUGUUAUGGUGCAGAAGAUGACUGGGGGUAAAGUGGAUUUCGCCUUAAUAAAGGAAGCAACAAGGAUAGAGCUCGUUAAACUGCUAGACUCUAUUCCUGGCACUAAGGCCGUUGUGUGGGAUGAAAAGCUUGCAGGAGCCUUCAGUCAUGUUGCUGAUUAUGCCUUCCUGCGAACUCAUGAUGUUUGCAAGAUGUUUUACAUCACGGCCAAUAAGCUUCCUCCAAGCAAUGUUGCUCAUAUUAUCUUUCUUGCUCGGCCUCACACAUCGAUCAUGGAUCAAAUCAACCAGCAGUUGAGAAUGGAAGAUCUUCAAGGAAGUACCAAAAAGGAUUAUCAUUUAUGGCUGGUACCAAGGAUAUCCCUCUUGUGUGAGCGCCGACUACAAGAACAUGGAGUGCGUGGAUCAUUCACAACUGUUAGAGAGCUGCCAUUGUUGCUGUUUAGACUGGACUGUGACUUGGUGUCCAUGGAAUUGCCUCUCUGCUUUCGGGAUUUGCAGUUGGAUAGUGACCCUACAAGUGUUUUCCUGGUAGCUCAAGCUCUGAUGACCAUUCAGGGUGUUUUCGGUCUUAUUCCUAACAUAUAUGGCAAAGGUCAGUCAGCCAAGCAAGUGUAUGAACUGAUGGUUCGAAUGAGAAGAGAAAUGGGAGGAAAUGAACCACAGGUAACCCCCCAGAUAGAUCAGCUGAUUCUUAUUGAUCGCUCUGUAGACCUGAUCACACCACUGGCAACACAGCUGACAUAUGAUGGACUAAUAGACCAAUUCUAUGGCAUCAAUAAUUGUACAGUGAAAUUACCUGGAGAGAAGUUUGCACAGACUAGCUCCGACUCUCCUCCGUCUGAUGAUUCAUCAUUCAUGGACACAAAGACGGUGCAGCUCUCCUCCUUAGAGAUCCUUUAUGCAGAGAUUAGGGACUGCAACUUCUCAGCUGUGGGGCCUCGUCUUUCUCGACAUGCAAAGUCCGUGAAGGCUCAAUAUGAAGAACGCCAUGCUGCUAAAACUGUGGGGGAGUUAAAGCAGUUUGUUCAAAAAAUUCCCCAGAUGGAAGUGCACAAGCAGUCUGUAGCUACACACACUACCAUAGCUGAAUUGAUUCAAGAACAAAUUGCCUCAGGUAUUUUCCGACCCGCACUGCAGAUGGAGCAAGAGUUUUUGAAAGGACUUGAUACAGAUAAAAUAAGUCCUUUUAUAGAAGACUGCAUCGCACAGAAGGAAUCUUUGAAUACUGUGCUCAGAUUGAUCUGCCUCCAGUGUAUUGUGAAUAGUGGCUUGAAACCCAAAAUUUUGGAGCACUACAAGAGGGAUGUAAUUCACACUUAUGGAUUUGAACAUUUCCUCACCCUGGAAAACUUGGAGAAGGCUGGUCUUCUUUAUGUUCAACAAGGACGCAGCACCUAUGCUACAGUCCGCAAGACCAUGCAGCUCACAGUAGAUGAUGUCAGUGAGCACGAUCCUACAGACAUGUCUUACGUUCACUCUGGAUAUGCACCACUCAGUGCACGGCUGGUGGAGUUCUUACAGUGGCCAGGAUGGCGAGCAAUCACUGGUGUACUUCAAGUUUUGCCCGGACCAACACUGACAGAGACACAGCAACUUCCUAGUGCCCUCAGGCAAAGAAGAGGUUCAGUUGGCUCUGUGCAGAGUGGGGGAGAAGGCGGGACAGCUUUGGUGUUCUUCAUUGGGGGCUGCACACACUCAGAGAUAGCUGCCUUGCGCUUCUUAUCAUCAAGGGUUGAUCAAGGUGGGCCAGAAUAUGUCAUAGCAACCACAAAGAUUAUCAAUGGAAAUUCAUUUCUUCAGUAUCUUUCUGAUGAGCUUGGCGGCGAGUAGUCCUCUGUGUCAAAGUACAUGAAAAAUAGUUUGUAUUUUGAACAAUCAUGAAUAAGCCAAAAAUUAAGAGCAGCAACAGUAAUAAAUAAGUUUAUUGUAUGAUAAUACUGUUCAUAAUUGUUGCUGCAUGCCUAACUUAAGAAUAGCCUGAAUCUACCCAAAUAAUUAUAAUUUUUGAACUGAUGUUGCAGGUAAUCAUAAUUGUUACCAAAAUACCAUGUACAGUAAGUGAGAAAAUGAACUGGAACCACCUAUUAAGUGUUACUGUACAGUCCUAUAGAUGGUGUUAUUAUUCAAAUGGCAGUUGUCAUUUAUUAGAUAUGUGAAUUAUUCAAACUUAACCUAACAUACUAAAUUUAAGGUAAGCCAACCUUUUAGUUAUGUGAGGUUGGAUAGGUUUGGUUUAGUUUGUCAAUUUCAAGAGGUGAUUGUAAAUAUCCCAGGAAGAAUCCGAAGGAAAAACACAAAAAUGCUUAAAUUAAAAUUCCUGGGGUGGGUAUAAGUUAUUCUUAAGGUAUGGAACAACUUUUCUUUUAUACAACAAGUCUCUAAAACAUAUAAUUUAGGCACAGGAACAGUAAAGUACUAACAGUUGUACAGUACUCUACUCCUUUUGAUCUGCCUCAGUUAAGAUUUGUAACAAAUUCCUUGCGAGUUCAUUUUACAAAGUGAUUAGUAAUUACAAAUAUAUCUGGGAAAAUGAGUUGAUAAAUAUAACUUUCUUUAAUAUUUGUACAAUACUGAUUAUAUUAUUUAAUGUAGGAUUAAGAAAAGAGGUUUGUACUGUGUAUACAGUACAAUAGGGAUAAGAUGCAUUAAUAGUUAUGAUUUUUAAUCCAAGGAGAUUAUAAUGUUGAACCAUGGUGCUUUCAGUGCAUAUGUGAAAAUAUGACAAGUUGUAUGAUUGUAAAAUCAUUUAUAUUAUUUAUUUGAAAACAUUGUAUACAGUAUUUCAGUCAGCUUAUGUACAGUAAACCUAAGCAGAGUUUUUGUGAAGUUAGUUUACUUUCAUUGGAUAUAAACCUAAUGAAUCUUAUACAAAUUCUGUCAUUUGGCAAGAAUAUCUAAUGUUAAAUAAACAUAAGUGAGAUUUUGGCUUAUUUAGUAUAGUAUAGUUUACACAUACACAUAUGUGCAUCCCCUCUUUAUCACACACACACCCACACAGCCUUCCGGCUGCCAUGCUCUUUCAAUAAACCGUUAAUUAUUAUUAUUAUUAUCAUUAUUAUUACAUACACACAUCCACACACUUACUUACUUGCUUAUGGCAGUCCAUCGAAGUCAAUGACGACGUUGCUCCAGAUGAUUGAUGAGUUAUGUGUUAUUUCUCGGAUGCUACCGUAGAUGACUAUGGAGUCCAAUCCUGGAGGCGCAGAUCUUGUUGAAUAGGUGACAGGGAUGUUGUUCAUUGAGAGGAAUUGUGCCUUGAGCCCUCUGAUAUCGUUGGGCUCAUUUAGUAGCUCUCUUUUGGUUCAGUGAGGUCUCAAGUGUUUCCGCUCCUCCAUGGCAUGUUGAGUGCCAUAAUGUCUUGGAAGCCGGUGGUCUGGCAUCCUGAUAACAGGCCCAAGCCAGCACAAGUGUCUUUUGGCUAGCAUGGUUUCAAUGCUGGUCGUGUUUGAGCGAUGAUAUAGUUCUUCACUAGUCACUCUAUCUUCCCAGGAUACGCUUAAGGCAUCAAGUGUGGAACUUUUCCAGCAUUUGUAUAUGGCGUCUGUAGGGCGUCCAGGUUUCUGAGGCAUAUAAUACUGUAGCUAUACAGACCGCGAGAUAAACUGCAGUCUUCGUUCCAUAUUUAAGGUCAUUGUUGAGAAAGACUCUUGUUCUCAAACGUCCAAAUGCAGCUGAGGCUAAAUUGAUUCUGGUUUGAAUUUCCAUAUCCAGUGAGCAGGUGGGUGUGAGAGUGCUACCAAGGUACUUAAACUGGGUUACUAUUUUGAUAGGAUCUCCAUUAAUGUAGAAUUGUGGUGCUUCUAUUGGUGGAUCAAUGGGCUGAGCAAAAAUCUCAGUCUUCUGGGUGUUAAUUUGCAAACCAAGCGAGCUGUAAAUACCUGAGAUCACGUCCAGUGCACGUUGCAAAGAUUCUCUGUUACGUGUCAUUAUUGCACAGUCAUCUGCAUACUGUAGUUCUGUGACCUGAGUUGUUAAGGUCUUUGUGUAGGCUUCCAGACGUCUCAUAUUAAAAAGGCUACCUUCAAGACGGUACCGUAUGCCCACACCUGCUUCAGGCCCAAGGGCAUUGUGUGAGAGUUGUGCUACAGCCAGCAAAAAAAUGUUAAACAACACAGGUCCCAGCACACAGCCCUGUUUUAUGCCUAUUUGGACACUAAAUGGUUCUGACUGCACACCACCCACUAGUACCCAGGCUUGCAUUCCAUAAAGCAACUGGCGGAGGAUGUUUAAAUAUCUUGGUGGUACACCGACCCUCUCCAACAUAGUCCACAAAAGUUCUCUGUUUACUGUGUCGAAAGCUUUGGAGAGGUCAAUGAAGGCGGUGUAAAGGUCUACAUUUUGCUCUCGACUCUUUUCUUGAACUUGCCUAGCAGCGAAGAUCAUGUCUAUUGUACUGCGAUCCUUCCUGAAUCCACAUUGGGAUUCAGGAAGAGUGUUCUCCGUUAGGUGUUGGAUAAGUCUUGAUAACAUGACUUGACAGGAUCUUGCCAGCAACUACAAGGAGGGAGAUGCCCCUGCUGUUACCACAGAUUGCUUUGUUACCUUUAUUCUUAAAGAUUGUUAUGAUAUUUGCAUCUUUCCAAUCCUGGGGGAUGGUCUCUGUGGCCCAUAUGGUGAGUAAGAGGCUAUGGAGGCGCUCAGUCAGAUGGGGACCUCCAUGUUUGUAAAUUUCAGCAGGAAUGCCAUCAGGUCCAGCGCUCUUGUUGCUGAGCCCUCGUACUGUAUUGCAGUUUCCACUUCUUGUAGGAGUGGGGCUUCAUCCAGGAGGUGCAGGGUCGGCAUGGGUGGGAUGUUAUCCAGUGCUGUAGGUGUUAUUGGAUUAAUAUGAUUUAGAAGUGUGCUGAAGUGCUCAGCCCAUCUUACUGCAAUCAUUUGAUUGCUUUUGUAGAGUGUGGUGCCAUCUAAAGAUCUUACUGGUGUGACAUUUCUUCUUUGUGGACCAUAAAUGGACUUAACUGCCUCAUAGAAGCCGUGUGUUACUGACAUCAACAAAGGCUUGAAUUUCUUGUGAUUUUUUGACCCACCAGUCAUUUUCCAUGCUGCAUAACAGUCUUUGUGUUUCUGCAUCGUGGGCUAAUUUUUUGGUUUUGAGAAGAUCAUGGAUGGUAAUCCUCAGGUGUUGGGGUUGAAUUAUCAUGCGAAUCCUGGAUCUUAUUAUUAGCCUAUGGUCCGUGCCACAGUCUGCACCCCUCAUGGUUUAUGAUUUGCACUCUUAGGUCAUUUGGCAACUAAUAACAUAUUCAAGGAGGUGCCAUUGGUUUGAUUGGAGGAUGUUUCAUGAGGUCUUGUAUUUGGUUUUCAUCUGGAACCAGGUGUUAGUGAUCAAAAGAUUGUAUUCUGAGCACAGUGUAAGAGCAGAGUCUGUGUUUGUUCAUCUUCCCUACUCCAUGCUUGCCCAGAACUUUGUCCCAUGUUUCAUAGUUUGUUUCAAUUUUGCAUUGAAAUCCCGUAAAAGUAGAGUUUUGUCAGUUGGUGGUACAUCUGCAAGAGCAGUUUCCAAUCCAAUAUACUAUAGAAGUGGUCUUUUGUUUCUUCAUUAGCAUCAAGGGUGGGUGCAUAAGCUCUGAAGAUGGUAACAUAGCGACCUUUGACCAGAGGGAUGCGCCAUGUCAUGAAUCUUUCGUUUAUUCCAGCAGGCGUCUCAGGGAUGUUGCGAAGGAGUGAUGUUUUGACAGUGAAACCCACCCCAUAGUCACGGCGCGUGUCUUCUGGGAGCCCCCUCCAGAAAAAGGUGUAGUUCUCCCCCACUUCCGUCAGCGAGUCCUCCCACCUCAGUCGUGUUUCACUAAGAGCAGCAAUAUCUAUGUUAUAUCUCUUGAGCUCAUUAGCGACCAGGGCAGUUCUCCUCCUUGGUCUUUCUAUCUCCCCUCUGUCCAAUAAGGUUCUGACAUUCCAGGUAGCAAAAUUAAGUUCUUUCUUAAUCGGAUUAUUUUGAUUGUUUCGACUGCAUUAUGGGAUGACUCGACGGCUGCAGCGGGCCGCCCGAGCAAGAGUCAGACAGCAUUUGUUUGGGACCACCUUUUCGAGGUCCCUCCAUUAGGAAGCAGUUGGGAUCUGCUUGUCAUGAUGGAAGCUGCCGAAGAGACACACUGCCCUGUCCCAUGUCUCAGCGACCAUCACUCCACCACCGUCUACGUGCAGGUCGGAGCUAAACACUUCCAGUCACAUCCUUGACCUGUGCCCCCACUCGUUCCCAUCGCCGUAGGUCUUUUCGAGGUGAUGAUGAGAUGAUGAGGUUGAUUGGAACAAAGGGCCUGCGUAAUGAGUGGAUUUUGAGUGGGCAUGAUGGAGCGCAAACGCCACCCCCACUACCUUGGCCUUCCCGAGCAACUGUCGGUGGCAUAAGAGACCCAUGACGACCGACUGCUGAGCGGGGUCGCAGGAGUCUGCCGAGAACGCGGUUUAUUGUGCUUUGCCUAUUGCGUGACUCCAAACACAGUUUUUCGUUAGUGGUUGACUCCCGUAGUCUUGCACUUUACCAGUUAACCCACAAGACGGUGGGACGGGUUGGUGGGUGCCAGGGCAUGUCCACACGCCGGUGGGCCUCCACACCGCACCUCUGGGGCACCCACACAUACACACACCCACAACCACACACCCACACAUACACACAUCCACACCCUCACAUACACCCUCACAUACACACACCCACACAU